UGUCUCAUAACAUAAUAAAAGCGGUUACCGGUUUCAUGUUUUCGUAAUUUUCGUAUCAACAGAACACUGAACAGACACACACUGAACUGAGGAUCGUAUCGCAUGGAAUAUUCAUAAUUUUUACGCCAUGCGUUUCAUUUACUUUACAAGUAUACUUAUUGUCCAAGCGGCGUGUGCCCUGCGAUUUCGCCUUGGACGUGACAAAGGCGGUAACUUGGGCGCACCUCAUGUUGAAAAUGUGGAAUUACCCAAAGCGCAGUGGUUUAAGCAAAAGCUUGACCAUUUCAGUCCAGCCGAUCAGACGACUUGGAAGCAGCGCUACUUUGUAAAUGACACUUUCUAUGACUUCUCCAACCCUGGUCCCGUGUUCCUGAUGAUAGGGGGUGAGGGCCCUGCCGACCCCAAAUGGAUGGUUCAAGGAGCUUGGAUAGAUUAUGCCACGAAAUUUAAUGCUCUGUGCAUCAAUUUGGAACAUAGAUAUUAUGGAGAAAGUCAUCCUACAGAAGAUAUGUCAGUAAAGAACCUGCAGUACUUAUCAUCGUCGCAAGCACUGGCAGACUUGGCUUACUUCAUACACGCGAUGAACAACAAGUACAAGUUGGCUAAAGGAGUGAAAUGGAUAGCGUUCGGCGGUUCCUACCCCGGCUCGCUGGCCGCCUGGCUGCGGCUGAAGUACCCGCAUCUGGUGCACGCCGCGGUCUCUUCAAGCGGCCCGCUGCUGGCUAAAGUCGACUUUGUAGAAUACUUCGAAGUUGUCAUAGAUGCGUUACGAGAGAAAACUGGGAAGGAAGACUGCGCCUACGAAGUUAAACAGGGCCACGCGGAAAUCAUUAAACUGAUGGAAACCAACCCUACUCUUAUUCAACACGAAUUCAAAGUCUGCCAGCCCUUCGACAGAGCAACAGCGAACGACUUGAACAACUUCUACGACACGCUGGCGAACAACUUCGCGGGCGUCGUGCAGUACAACGAAGACAACCGCAUCGGCAGCAAUCCCAAGUACAGGAACGUCACUAUUAACACUAUAUGUAACAUGCUUACUGAGCAAACCGCCCGGCCGUCCCACAUGAAGCUGGCAGACUUCAACUCCGUAAUACUGGCAGUGGAGAACCAAACCUGCCUGGACUACAGUUACGACAACAUGAUACAGGAGCUCAGGAACAUUUCGUGGAGCAACGAAGGAGCCCGCCAGUGGAUGUAUCAAACGUGCACCGAGUUUGGUUUCUACCAAACGUCUACGGGCACCACGCCAUUUUUCGGUGACAAGUUCCCUGUGGACUUCUAUAUUCAGCAGUGCCAGGAUAUAUUCGGGAAGAAGUUCAACAAAAAAUUUGUAAACGACGCCGCCGCCUGGACGAACAACUACUAUGGCUCGCUGGACAUCAAUGUAAGCCGCGUGGUGUUCGUGCACGGCUCCGUGGACCCGUGGCACGCGCUCGGCGUCACCACGCCGCGGGACAACGCGCCGGCUAUCUAUAUACACGGCACAGCGCAUUGCGCGAACAUGUACCCUCCCAGCGAAAAAGAUCUGCCGGAGCUAAAGGCCGCAAGAGUCAAAAUCGAACAACUCCUCUCCGAGUGGAUAGCUUCGUGAUCGGUCAACCAACCAAUCCGCUCUCUAUUUACUGAAUGCUCAUAUUUGAUUACAUUGUUAUCGACAGUAUUGCUUUUGUCGUAUAUGUGAGAUGUGGUACGAUCUGAUAUGUAUAUGUCAAUUACGUUUAUUAUAUAUAUGGCCUCAAUGUUAAGCCAGACCAGAAGCCUAGAAUUUGAGCCAGCGUUACUGAUGUGCCGUCGAAAAGUUUCCAAAAUGAACGUUACCUUGGUUUCCUGUGAAAUUUCCAAGAACUUUGCCAAUUUUUUUUGUAACUUUUCGCUACUUGCACAUCUGUAGUCUCCAUAGAAACACACUUAAUAUGAAAUUUAUAAAAAACCAGUACGUUAUAUAAUGGUUGCAUUUUAAUCGUCUAUCGUGUCAAGCGUUAGGGCUCAUUUAGACGGUGCGAGAACUCGCAUGCGAGUUUAAUUACAUUGCGGUAUUUGAUCGGUCUGCUGAAUUGGAUGUAACCUCAAUAGUCCGCAAUGAAACUAAAAUCGCAUGCGAGUUUGCGUGCCGUCUAAAUGAGCCCUUACUCUCGCACACAUUUCAUGGAAAGUGUAUGAAACUUUGGCCAGCGCUAAAAGCUCAACCAUAUCAGGCCUACAGGAAAAUAAUUUAUCGGGAAACAUGUUUUACACCGACAUGUUAAAAAUAUACGUAUAUAUUUCUAAAUAGUAGUACAGUCAGCAUCAAAAGUAGCGGAUCAAAUAACGCUUCAUAAGUGUCUACCAUUCUGUAACAGCUUAACAAAAAGUGAUGUUUUUAAUAUAGAACAACUAAGACUGCAAAAUAUAUACUUUGGAACGUGAAUUUUAGAAUCUAUAUUUGGAAAGUUAUCUGGGAUGUCAGAUGCUUUUGGCGCGUUGUUUCAUCAGCUACUAUUGCUGCUGACUGUGCUAGCUACUCUUUCGCUGCAGCAUCCCUAAAUGAUUAUUGACUUUCGCAAGAUAUUAGAAGUAUCUACAGAAGCAGUCUCUUAUUGUUUGUUGAUAUGAUUCCUAUUAACAAUUUUUGUUAAAUAGAUAAUAAGUAAUGGCUAUAUCUAAAUAAAUGUUAUACUUAUCUGGCACAAAA